CGCACAAAACAAGUCAGAGCGCACACACGGCUGCCGGAGAAAACAGGAGAGACAAUAGGCAGUACUUCGGGUCAUCAUGGUAUUUGGAUUUUUACCCUAGGCAACAUGCUCGGCGCUUUGUGAGGUACAGGUGGAUAAUCUGCGAUCGCGUCUGUUCAUUUACUAGUCUAAAGUUUCCCCAGGUUUUAAUGUUGCCAACCGAGAUUUCAGGAGGAGUGUGUUUCACCUCAAGCGAUCACACUGAGGGGAGGAGAGAAGGGAUGAAAACAGAGGAGAGCCAGCAGUCCUGUCUGCAGCAGCCUCCAUCCUCCACGCCUUUCGGUCCAGAGUACAGAGGAGGAGGAGAGGUGUGUGCGGGCUGCGAGUCUCCCAUCGCCGACCGCUUCCUGCUGCGCGUGAAUGAGCGUUCCUGGCACGAGACCUGUGUCAAGUGCGCCGUGUGUUUAAGCGCGCUCACUGGGACUUGUUACAGCCGGGACCGCCUGCUGUACUGCAAGCACGACUAUGAAAAGCUUUUUGUAAGAAAGUGCAGUGCCUGCUUGCAAGUCAUUGGACGCUCUGAGCUGAUAAUGCGUGUGCUAGGCCAGGUAUACCACCUGGGCUGCUUCAGCUGCUGUGAGUGUGAACGUCGGCUGCAGAGAGGUGAUGAGUUUGUGCUGAAAGAAGGCCAGCUGCUCUGCCGCAUGGACUAUGAAAAGGAGAGGGAAAUGCUGGCUGCCAUCAGCCCUACACCAACUGAAUCAGUAAAAAGUGAGGAUGAGGAUGGUGGAGGAGGCUCCGGAGGAGGGAAAGGUGGUGAUGAAGGCAAGGAGCACAAGCGUUCAAAACGUCCACGCACUAUCUUGACCACACAGCAGCGGCGUGCUUUCAAGGCCUCCUUUGAAGUGUCAGCCAAACCAUGUCGUAAGGUGAGAGAGACACUGGCUGCAGAGACUGGGCUGACAGUGCGUGUUGUUCAGGUGUGGUUUCAAAACCAGAGAGCCAAGAUGAAAAAGUUAGCUCGCCGACAGCAACAGCAGCAGCAGCAGCAGCAGGAACAAGAGCAGCUGGGAGGCACCAGGAGGGGGCCAAGCAGAGGGGGCCGCCAAAGCAAUGACGACAGCGAGGAUGGAUCUAGUACCCAUGGCAUGGAUGGGAUGCUGGGAUAUCCAUCUCUGCCACGUCAGCAGCUCCUUGCUCUGGACCCCAACAUUUAUGGUGGAGAGCCAUUUCGACAUGGGCUUACACCACCUCAACUGAAUAGCGAGCAGCUCCACUCCUAUGACUCAGAAACAGUGUUCCAUGACCUGGACAGCGAUGGAAGCCUUGGUCACCUUGGCGACUGCCUCUUAGCAACAGGGGAGGGCGGUCUCCUGGCAGGGCGAGUGGGAAAUCCCAUCGACCGUCUGUACUCCAUGCAGAACUCUUAUUUCACCUCCUGACCCUUAUAAACUGUCACUCUUUCCCCUCCUGUUUCACCUUUCACCUCAGAGAUGCAGCUAAUGGAGUCUGUCCAUCAACAUGCCUGUGGGACCAUUCUCCAUGAAACACCCUACAGCCAAACACACUUACGAGCUUUUAUCACAGGCUAACAUCAAUUAGACAUAGUUAGUCAUAAUAUCAAUUUGCAGCAGAUUAACAUAGUGAUCGCACAUCUUUCCCAGAUAAGAAUCACAUGCUGGAAAUACAGACACUGUAAAUGUCCAAGAUAAAGGACCUCAGUUUACUCUGUUGUAUUUAUGUAAUGUUUAAUAAAAAAUGCUUCAUGGCACUUUCCAACAAAAAAAUUAAGACAGUUAUACCUAUCAAUAUGUAUAUCACCAAUUACAGACGAUAAUUGGUUGCUGAAAGUGAAUUCAUCAAUCAAAUCACAUAUAAUUAGCAGUCUUGGCAGGUCUGAUGGGCAGCUGGGGGUUUAAAAUAAAUUAGUAUAUUGCAUUACUUUUUGUUUUGUUUUGCCAGGACUAGAGUAGUUAUUGUGUGAAUGACUGCAGCGUAUACAGCACUGUAUAUGGAUUGGAGUACACUUUUGCUCUCAGGUUAGUGUGUAUGUUUGUGGAACCUGAGCCACAACUCAGGAUAUUGUGCUGGAUAGGAUGACAAUUUAACUUGCCCAAUGACUUGAAGGACAGAGAUUGCAAAGAAAUUCUGUGAAAAAUUAUUUCAAACUAUAUCCUUAGUUUUUCAUACUGCAUGACUGGUAAAAUAUGGACCAAAAAAAAUUUUUUUUAGCAUUUAGCUAUAAACUCUACAGGGUCAUUUGAGGAGCCUUAUGCGGAAACAGGGUUGUUUUAGUGGUUAUCAUUUUAGUUUUCCUUUCCCUUUUAUAAUGUGAUCACUCAAAAACAGUGCAGUAAAUUUCAACUCUUUGGUAUAUAAUUCCCCAAAUGAAGGAUACUGGGUACAUGAAGGUACUCCAAAUGUAAAUGUGUGUAUGACUGUGUUAUAAUUAACUGUUGUAGUCACAAUCUGUAAUAAUUUCCUUCUCAGAAAGUCACAUUAGGUAGGUAUUUCGUAUCUUCUUAUGUGAUAAUCAGCAAAUAUUUAAACUGUAGCAUGAUAUUUAUGUGCCACAAGUAGGUAUGAAGAAAUAGCCUCCAAAUUCAAGUGUUGCAGAAGGCAUCAGGAUCAGAAUCAUGAAGUGGUGCAGAAUAAAAUAGGAAUAGGGUGAAACUCUUUUCAUUUAGAAGCCAGUAAUUGGCUACAGCCUGUGACAUUCCUUCCUGACAUUAUGUUUGACUCUGAUAACUGACUCAUGGUGUUUUUAAAGUGAUAAUAUUGUGAAUGUAACUUAUUUGUGCAGUAGAUGAGUUCUUAUCUUACUUUUUUGAUCAGUGACUGCCAGGUGAUGUGCUUUGAAUGUAAUGUUGCCGUAUCUUCAAUACAAUCUGCGGUAUCGUCUUUGAACAACACUUGGCUUCUUUGUCCUAAAUACAAUAAAUGAUGACGCAUUUAUCACUUGCUCAAAUGGUAUGAAACAAAGUUGCACUUUAAAGGCAAGGA